AUGGCUCUACAGGCUGCUGCUUUGCUCCCUUCUAAAUUUUCUCUUCACAAAGAGGCAAAAUGUGGUUCAUCUCUGAAGGAGUCGAGCCUCUUUGGAAUUUCACUCUCAGACCAUGUCAAGGCUGAUUUCACCAAGAGAAAAUCCGGCACGAGGAAGCUACCUUCCGUGCGUACUCGAGCCGUUGCCACGUCACCGACGAUCACCCCCUCGACCGUCCAAGGCAAGAAAACCUUACGAAAGGGCACCGUAAUAAUCACGGGCGCCUCAUCGGGCUUGGGCCUGGCCACGGCCAAGGCCCUAGCCGAGAGCGGCAAGUGGCACGUCGUCAUGGCUUGCCGGGACUUUCUCAAGGCCCAAAAGGCUGCCAAGUCCGUGGGCAUGGACAAGGAGAAUUACACCGUGAUGCAUUUGGAUUUGGCCUCGCUCGACAGCGUGAGGCAGUUUGUCGACAAUUUCAAGAGGUCGGGCCGGCCGGUCGACGUCCUCGUCUGCAACGCGGCCGUUUACCAGCCGACGGCCCGCGAACCGUCCUUCACGGCGGAUGGGUUCGAGCUUAGCGUCGGGACCAACCAUUUGGGCCAUUUCCUUCUCUCGAGGUUGUUGCUCGACGAUAUGAAGGAGUCCGACUACCCGUCCAAGAGGCUUAUAAUCGUGGGCUCGAUCACCGGAAACACAAACACGUUGGCCGGGAACGUGCCCCCAAAGGCCAACCUAGGGGACCUGAGGGGCCUCCAGGGCGGGCUCAACGGGCCCAACACCUCGUCUAUGAUCGACGGUGGGGAUUUCGACGGGGCAAAGGCCUACAAGGACAGCAAGGUUUGCAACAUGCUGACGAUGCAAGAGUUCCACCGUCGUUACCAUGAGGACACGGGCAUCACAUUCGCCUCCCUCUACCCGGGCUGCAUUGCCACGACGGGCCUUUUCAGAGAUCACAUUCCCCUUUUCAGGCUGCUUUUCCCUCCUUUUCAGAAGUACAUUACAAAAGGGUUCGUCUCUGAGGAUGAGGCCGGGAAGAGGCUUGCGCAGGUUGUGAGUGAUCCGAGCCUGACGAAAUCGGGAGUGUAUUGGAGCUGGAACAAUGCCUCGGCCUCAUUCGAGAACCAGUUGUCUCAAGAGGCGAGUGAUGCCGAGAAGGCGCGAAAGCUUUGGGAGAUUAGUGAGAAACUGGUUGGUUUGUCUGAAUAG